AUGCUGGUCGGGAGAAUCAGGGCUCGCCUCCACGCCUCAGUUGCUUGCAACCCCGCACCAAGGAAGGAGGGAAGUGGAGCAGCAGCAGCAGCAGCAGCAGGACCGCCCGUGCUCGUCAGCGGGAGGAACGUGAGCACCCACGGCGCACAGCCGUCCGUACCGUAUGCUCGCACGACGGAUCCGUCUGUUAGAGAGGCGGUGGCGCGUGCUUAUAGCGAGGUUGCUGGUACGUACGCCAGCUCGCUGCAUUUCGGCGGAAGUGCAGCGAGCGAGGGAUCAGAAGAUGAGGUGGCUCAGGAGGUGAGGGGACACGUGGCGGCGGAUUGCGACGAACACGAGGUAGAGCAACGCAAAAGACACGUGUCUAAAGAAGGCGAAGGACACGUGGCUGGGGGUGGGAAAGGACACGUAGCAGCAGCUGACUUGAUCACGAGUGACAAGGGUGCGCUGGGCGUGAGUGGGAGGAGCAAGGCGGUGAGGAAACCAAAGGAGCGGGUGGGGCCGGAAGUGGAGGAGUCGAAGCGGCGAAUUCUCGCGGCGUUCCUGAGAGACAUGGACGGCGCCGACAAGCCUGCCGGCCACGCGGCGAGCCCCGUGCAGGUUAAUCGGCCGGAAGAAGAGAGGCCGUCGGGGGAGAUGCAGAGUGGUGAUGUUGAUGAUGAAGGCAAGGAGAGUGGGGAGGCUGUGGGCGGUGAUGAGAUGAUGCAGGGCGGGAGAGCGGCGAGGGGUGUAGUUGACUGUGACCCUUGUGACAGUGUCGAUGAGCACUGUAACGGGGACGAGGACGGCGAGCUCGCCGGCGGCGAGGAGCACUUGGAUGACAGCGAGGAGUAUAAUAGCGAGGAUGAGUUGCACAGUGAUGGGGACGAGGCGGCGGAUAAGAGCGACGCGCCCGUGGACCUCGAGUCGCUCGUGGCCAUGAGCGGGCGCUCGCACCUCACGGGCAUGGAGGGCGCGCGAGCUGGGAAGACGAACCGGGAGUACGAACAGGACGAGGCUGCGCUUCAAGCCGACGCUACCGGAGAUGCUGUUGCCGCUGAUUCUCUCGCAGAAGCUACCUCUGCUGCCAUUCGAACCGAGUCGCUCGCCGCGAAGGCGCACAGCGCCAAGGCGGAAGGGCGUGCGGACGCGAACGCGCAGGGCGGCGCUCCCUUGUCCACUCCGCCGUCUGGCGUCCCCCCCGCCGCCUCGUCGUCCCCGUCUGGUUCCUCGAGCGACUCGCUCGCGCACUCCACGGCCGCCGAUUCCAUCGCCAUGAUCGCCUCGAGCUCGUCCGGCGACGAUUCCGGCGACUCCCCCACCAGCGACACUCGCACGAGCGAUUCCCGUUCCAGCGUCAUUCCCGCCGUAGGCAGCACCCGCCGCCUGAAUCCCGCUGAGCUGGCGGAAAGCGAUUCUGCCGCUGCGGACGGUGGGGCGAUGGGCGGGGGAAUGUAUUCGGGGGGCGCAGGGGAAGUAGGGGAAGCGGACGGCGCGGAGAGGGGCUUGGGAGGAGAUGAGCUGGAUUCUGGGAAGCUGGAUGUUGAUGUGAGCGGUGCUGACGUGGCGGAUCCUGCGGAGAUUGCGGAAAGUCAUGACGAGGGUGGCAGCGGGAGAAGGAGCAGGAAGCGGUGGGGCGAUUACGUCCCCGUGGGGAAUGAGGGAGGGGGGCGCACGCUGUGGGGCGGGGGUGGCGCGGCGGAAGGAACGGAGAUGGAGGGGAGUGCGGGCGGGGGAAGCUUGCGCUUGAGAUGGCUGGUACUGGAGGAGGAAGAGGGAGAGGAGGGGGCAGAGGAGGACGAGGAGGAAGAGGAGGAGAAGCGAGAGGAGGAAUGGGGAGGCGAGGGGGAUGAGGGGCGUGAUUCGGAAGAGAUGUGCGGCGGGAAGGCGGAUGGGAGUGAGGAGGAAAGGGAGUUGGAAGGGGAGUUUCAACCGCAUGCAUCCCUGCUCCAUGGUCCCACCGCCUUGCCUGUCCCCUCCACACCUCCGCCCUCCGUUCUCUCGCCCUCCGUCCCCUCGCCCUCACCGGCCCUCUCACACGAAACCCUGCAAGAAACGCCCCAACCCACUCCGCAGCACCACGCACUACCGGAAUCUCCCCAGUUUGUCAUGCAACAGCCAAACGAUGCCGCCUCAUUCAGGCAGACGGGCGGGCAGCAGCAGCAGCAGCAGGGCGGCAUGGUGAUGGCGGAGUGGGCGCAGCAGCACGAGUACCACCACCUGCAGCCGCCCAUGCAGCUGCCCGCCGUGCCCUCCCUGCACAGUAACCUCUCCUCCAUCAAGCGCCGCCUCUCCCCGCGCAUUCGCAAGCCCACGCGUUUCCUCACCGCCUCCCGCCCCCUCACUCCUCCGCCUUCUAACAGUGGUGCCGCUGCUGCUGCUGCUGCUCCUGCUGCUCCAGUUGCUGGAGCUGGCGCUGGUUUGUGCAUCGCUGCUGGUGCUCCAUUUGCUGUUGUUGCUGCAGGUGCUUCUUCUGCCGGUGCUGCUCUUGGCUACCCUCCUUUUUCUGCUGCUGCUGCUGCCAAUGUAGGUGGUGGUGGUGGUGGUGGGGGAGUCAUGUCAGACUGCAACAGGGCUGUUGAGGAUAAAAUCCAACACACUAUGUCACUGGCACCACCAACAGCGCAGCUCAUGGGGUCAUCAUCGCCGUCUGCCCCACAAGCCGCCACCACAGCUCUCUCAAACUCCAUCACUCGCUCACCCGUGUGCUCCAGCCAAGAGACGGCGCCUGCCAGCGCCACCCAUGUGAUCGAUCUCGAGGAGUGCUGCCAGUCAGGUGAAUCACGGCCGUCGGAUGAAUCCGGGCCGUCGACUGACUCGAUGUGGUCAGCUGAAUCCAGAGCGUCAGCUGGAUCUGAAUUGUCAGCUGAAUCUAGGCCGUCAGCUGAAGAUGAAACUUUCGUUAAAACUGAUCCUUCAAUCAAAACUACGGCGUCAGCUGAAUCUCGCCCGUCAGCCGAAUCUGGACCGGCAGUGAAAUCUGGGCCGUCAGAGGAGGUACCAGCGACCGAGAGGAAUGUGAUGGACGGAGGAGAUAGCAGUCUCUCGGGUGCUGCUGGUGUGGCUGCACACAAACGUGACUAUAACGAGCGGUACAGUGCUACGGUGGCCGGUGCAGAGAGCAGGAGUGAUGUUGAGAGCAAAAAACGAGAGCUGAGCAAGGGGUUUGGGAUUGAGGGUGUGGAUGCGGAGGAAGGAACGCUCGACCGGGAGUGGCUCGACGCAGUGGGCGUUAGAGAGACGGGUGGGAGCAGUGAAGGGGAGAUGAGCAAGGGGUAUGAGAUGGCAGGUAAGGAGAGGGAAGAGGGAAAGUUUGACCGUGCAUGGCUCGACGCAUUGGGGUUUAGCGAGACAGGUGGAGGGAGGGCUGGAGAGUGGGAAGAGGGAAGGCAGGAGGGAGGGGAGGAGAGGGAAAAGGAGGAAUGGAUGGAGGUAGAAGAGGAGGGAGGGGAGGAGAGGGAAAAGGAGGAAUGGAUGGAGGUAGAAGAAGAGGAAGGGGAGCUUUUCUCUGUAUAUGGCAGUGGUACGAGGCAGCACCCCUCCAAUGAGGAGGAUAGGAAUGGGAAUGAGGAUGGGAAUGAGGAUGGGAAUGGGGAUGGGAAUGGGGAUGGGGAUGGGGACAGAAGCGAGGAUGGGCAUGAGGAUGAGAACGAGGAAGAGAACGAGGAUGAGAACGAGGAAGAGAACGAGGAUGAGAACGAGGAAGAGAACGAGGAUGAGAGUAAGGAUGAGGCGGAGCGUGUGUUUAUCGAGAUGGUGGGAGGGGAGGGAGUGGCGGCUGGACGAGAAUGGGACAGGGCGAAGGGAGCGGGGGAGAGGGAGGAGGAGAGUGGAAGCGAUGAUGUUAGCGCUGGUGCGCGUGGCACUGCGUUCUCUUCUCAGCCACUCGCAAUUCCCCCCCACGCGCUCCACUCAACGCCAGCUGCCAUUUCCUCCUUCUGCACGUCCCUCCUCUCCCCUCCGCGCCCUCUCCCCUCCGCCGUCCCUAGCCGUGGCGGGGGAGGGAAACCAACAGCAGCUGGAGCAGCAGAUGAGGCUACGUCUGCUGGAGCUGCAGCUGGCAAGAGCAGAAAGGCGGAGGUUGAGGAGAGGCAGGAGGAGGUUGAGCAGGCGGCUGGUGGGAGAGACUGCGAGACCUGGCCGCAGGAAGGCGUUGCCUUUGCUCCUGGUGGCCAGGGCGGGUGCUCUGGGGAAAGGUUGACAGCGAGCUGUGCGAGUAGCGGAGGCGAGGAUGGUGGUAGAGAGGGCGUUGAAGAUGAGGGUGCAGAGGGGAGCGAGGUGAGCAGCGGUGCAGAGGGGUGGAAGUUGGAAGCAGGCGGGGAUGAGAAGGGGGAGAGACGCGAGAGGGAGGAGAGUGGAAGUUCUAAGAGUGAGGAGAGACAAAUUGGGGAAGGGGAGGGUAAAGCAUCAGAAUGUGAAGACGAUGCACUAGGCAUGGAUGGAAGCGCAGAUGAGAAGGGAGUGACUGCAUUCGAGGAAGAAGAGGCAAAAGACGAGGAGGAUGUUGAGGGGGUGGAGGAUGAGGAGGAGGAAGUGAGAAGCGGAGGUGCAAGCGGGGACGAGCCAGCGAGUUCGGACGAGGUGACAGAGGAGUGCGAGGGCGCGCAGGAGGAGUGCUCCAGCGACGCAGAGGCAGCGCGUGAGGUUGCACUGCAGGGUUCACAGGAGUCGAGUGAGGGAGUCGAAGAAGCAUCUGCGGAGGCAGCAGCAGCAGCAGCGCGCGCAUGGGGAGCCGCCUUUGGGGUUGACCUCGCUAGUCAGGAGCACGAGGAAUGGAAGGGGAGGAGGCAGGGAGAGGACGUGUUUGAGGAGAUUAGCGCCUGGGGUACUGCCUCUGGGGUUGUGGGCUUUGCCGCAGCAGGUGAAAUCAACCCCUUCCGCCCCCCUGUGCGCCGCCUGGUUCCCUCUGCCUCCUCCCCUGCCCUCCUACUAACCUCCCUUCUAAUCAACCGCCCAGCCUCCCCCUCCUCCUUCCCCAUCCGUCCUCCUUCCCCCAACGACCCCACUCGCCCGGCCGCUCCUGGCCCCUACUCCUCCCACCCCUCCUCCCCCACUGCUUUCUCCGCCCAUCAUAGCCGCCCAUCUUCCCCCAGCUCCGCCCAUCACAGCCGCCCGUCUUCCCCCACCUCCGCGCAUGCCAGCCGCCCGUCGUCCCCCACCAUUCCCCUGCCCGACCGCCCAUGGCUGAAAAGCUCUCUCCGCCGCAGCCUAGAGCGCGCCCAAGCCGCCCAGCUUGCAGCCGCCGCCCUGGCAGCCGUUGAGAGGGCGGAUGCUGGUGCGGCGGGGGAAGGGGCGGAGGGUGUGGCUGUGGGGGAGGGGGUGGAUGGAGAUGGAAUGGGGAGCGCGGAUGGCAUGGGUAUUAGAAGUCGUGGGGAAGGAGGAGUGGAUGUGGAGAGGCGAGAGCAGGAGGAGAAGCAGGAGAAGCAGGGGGAGGAGAAUCAAGAGGAGGAAAAGCAGGAGGAGAAGCAGGAGAAGCAGGGGGAGGAGAAUCAAGAGGAGGAGAAGCAGGAGGAGAAGCAGGAGAAUGAUAAGCAGGAGAAUGAUAAGCAGGAGAAUGAUAAGCAGGGGGGAGAGGGAAGAAACGAUGUGGUGAGUGAGUGCAACCUUGAUGCUGACACACGCUCAGACCCUUCAGUACAAGAGGAGUGCGGUGGCACGUCUGCCUCUACCGACAUGUUCCACUCCACGCAAAAAGCCAGCCAGAGCACCGGUGCUGCUACUGCCAGUGCCAGCGCUGGUGCUGGUGCUGCCAUCGCUGCUACUGGUGUUGUAUCUGGCACCCCUGUUGCUUAUCUGGUCCCUGUGGAAGAAUCUGCAGCUGUAGAGGCUGCUGAAAGCACAGCUGCUGCUGCUGCUAAUCCUAUCGUUGCCAACAACCCCAUGGCUCAUCCCAUUAAGGGAAACGCGAUGGGUACCACUGGCGUGGCAGCAGGUGGCAGCGUGGCAGGGCAGCACUGGCAUGUGAGCAGUGUGGUCGGGACCGCGAUGGGGAGUAGAGGAGCGCGUGUGGAGGGCAGGGACAGCCGUGUCAACAGCAGGGCCAACCACGUGGAGAACAAACCCGCCCACGUGGGUGCUCAGUCUCACCCUCAGCGCACCCCUCCCACUCCCCCAGGUGCCCCUGCAGGUGCCCCCCCAGGUGCUCCCGCAGGGGGCCCAUCAGGUAGCCCCACAGGCAUAGCCAAUGUGCACGCUGCACAGGCGCACCCAGGUGUGAGGGAGAGGCAGAGCCCACUUGCUGCGCCAGUUCCUGCCAUGCCUCGUCUGCCAUUCAAGCUCUCCACGAGAAAGGGAUUGGGCUCUGCUGCUCAGAAUGCCACACCUCCUGCUGUUGCUGCUGCUGCCUCUGCUCCUCCUGCUGCCUCUGCUGCUCCUCCUGCUGCCCCUGCUGCUGCUGCUGCUGCUACCCCUCGUGCUCCUGCUGCUGUUCCGGUGGCACAGCAGAAGGCACAGCGCGGCACCACAGGCAUGGGUGGUACCGCAAGGGCAGGGGGAAGGACAUGUGCAGUGACAGGAGCAGCAACGAGGAGAAGUGUGAGCGGGACAAAGGGUGGGGUAGGAACGGGAGGUAUGGUAGAGAUGGGAGAUGGCGUGGGAGCAGGAGGAGGGGGCGUGCAGGGGGGGGCAGCGGGGGAGGUGGAGGAGAGCUGUGGCUCGUGCAGCAUGGCGGUGAGCAACAGUGUGAGGCACAGCCCGGGGGCGAGGCCCCACCCCAGUGCGAGGAAGCCUGACAGUGUGGCACAGAAGAGCCCAGCAGCAGGGCAGAGAAUGGGGUGGAAGAGGCAAGAAGGUAAGGCCACGGCAGUGGGAAGGUCUGUAGCUGCAUCCGCUGCAAAGCGUGGUGGUUCUGCUUCAGCUUCUGCGUCUGCCUCUGCUGCCGCCUCUGCUUCGGCCUCUGCAGUAGCAGCAGCUGCUGCCGGUGCUGGAGGUGUGAAGCGAGUGUCAACUGUUGGAGUGAAGGGGGCUGGAGGGGCAGCAGCAGCGGGGGCAGCAGUGGCGGGGGGGUCUAAUGGAGCGGAAUCGGCUGUGGGUGGGUCAGAGACUGGCGAGGAAUGGAGCAGCUCCGGUAGCAGCUUCGGGAAGGGAGGGGCGGGCGGAGCGGGAGGAAGAGGAGUAGGUGCAGCAGGGAGCAGGCAGACGGCUCCAGAGAAACAGCAGCAACAGCAGGGUUCAGUGUCUGCCUUGCAUCAAUCACAGAACUCUGCAAUGGUGCAGCAGCAGCAGUUUCUGCAGACACUGGCGUUCGGGCCAGAGUGGGUAGCAAGGAGGCGGGAGAAGGAAGAGCAGAUGCAGCAGCAGAAGCUCGCAGCGGAGAGCAAAGGGCAGGUGGCAGGGGGUGGUGGCAGUAACGUGCAUCAGCCGUUCAGCCGGCCGUUGUUUGGCGAGAGGAACGUGAGCCCGCUGAGAAUGGCAGCACCGGUGGCUCAAGGUGAUGCCAGGACACAACCACAGCAGCAGCAGCAGCAUGGGGUGGGUUCUGCAGGGAAAUUUGAGAGAAAUUUGUUUCAUCAGACAAACCCCAAUGGCUUCCCUGCACCUUCUCCUGCUGCUGCUGCUCCUCCUCUUGCUGCUACUGCCUCCAGAUACUCCUCUGGGUCUGCUGACGCAUCACCCCGCCAUCCGCCCCCCUCCAACCCCUUCCUCCACUCACUCGCCCCCAGUAGCGCUGCCACCAGCACCUCCACCCCGCCUCUCUCCCCACGCGCACCUCCAGGCACCUCUGCCAACCAUGCUCUCCCUCCUCUCAGGUCCAACCCCACGUCUCCCCGUGUCUCAGCUGUGGGUGGUGCUGCCGCGUCUCUCUCCCCGCCGCCCUCCCCGCGCUCAUUCCACGUGCUGCAGUUCGCCAUGGGGGGCUCUCCCAAUGCCAGCCCCAUGCACCCCCUGGCGUCCUCGCUCUCUGGUGCUGCUCACAGCCCCACUGUGGGACCCUCUCCCGCUGCACCCCGCAGCCCCACUGUGGGCCCCUCCUGUCUUGCGCCGCGCAGCCCUGCCCAUCCGUCUACCCUGCCUCAUGCCCCCCCUGGCCCUGCACCCCCUACGCACCCCACUGCACCGUUUCAUACUCCUGUGAGUCCGAGGCAUGGUGGCAUGGCUCCAUGUCCGCCCACCCCUCAACAUCCGACACAACAAGCGGUGAUGCAUGGAGGAUUGCAUCCAUUUCAUCCUUCCAGUAUGCAUGGUGGCGUGUCGCUUUCUCCUUCCACACCUCCCCACCCGACACAGCAAGGAAUGGUGCACGCAAUGCGGGGCAGCACGAAUCAAACUGUUGUGACAGGCAAUAUGCAGCAGCCUGGUUACCAUGCACAGCAGUACGUGCAGCCUGUGCCACUUCACCAGCAGCAACAGCAGCAACUGCAGCAGCAGCAGCAGCAGCAGCAGAGCCCAUACCGCAAUCGGCCAUGGCUCCAGCAGGAGAAUCGGCAGCCAUUCAUUGCAGGGCCCAGCCCCAGUCCACCCCGAUCGCCUUCCCCACAUGCCAUGGCUGCCAUGCCCUUCGUCUCGGGACCCAGCCGCAGCCCUGCAUGCACGCCUGUCGCCAGCCACACUCCACCAGCAGCAGCAGGACCAUUCGUCCCUGCUGCCUACCACACUCCACAAGCACCAGCAGGGUUGCUCGCCCCUGCCCCUGCUGGCUACAUUGGCAGCCCAAAUCGCUGCGUUUCCCCCGUCCCCUUCUGUCCCUCGGGCAGCCCAAGGCAUGCUGCUCCCAUGUCCCCCAAUGCUGCUGGCUCUGCCAGCCCUGCCGGCGCUGGCACGCCUGACAAAGCUACCACUUCGUCGCGCUAUGCCUCCCCGCUGCCGGCUCGAGGGCCGGGGAGUGAUGCAGUGGGAGCGGGGUCAGGAGCAGGGGUUGCAGCAGUGAGGGGAGGAGUGGGUGUAGUGGGUGGCACAGGGGCAGGAGGACCAGCAGGGAGUGUGGGAGGGAGUGGGGGAGGUGGUAAGGCAGUGGCAGCACAGGCAGGGGUUGGAGGAGUGCUGACAUCAUCAUCAGCCAUGAAUGCACGACAGGGACUCGUCGGAGGGCCAAUUGCUCCAGCAGGUGUGCCUGGUACUGGUGCAGUGCCGUGCUUGGGCCCUUCUCCUAUCAGCGGUACAGCAGUGAGGGCACCGCAUGCCUCUAAGGUGACACAGCAGCAGCUUCCCGGCCAAGCAACUCCGCCAAAUGGACCAGUGAUUCCUCCUCUUAGCAGCUCCACCACACGCAGGUGGUUUGGUCAGGACUACCAGUGGGUGCCGCUUUUCCUGUUUUAUCGUGCGCCAGGCGGAGCGGGGUUCGUGGGGAGUCAUCUGGUGGACAGGCUGAUGGAGUGCGGCGAUCACAUGAUCGUGGUAGCCAAUCUCUUAUCCCCUUUCUGUCCACUGCUCUCUGUUCCACCUUUCUCUCCUCCACGCCUCUCCCCUCCACGCCUCGCCAGGCGGAGCAGGGUUCGUGGGAAGUCAUCUGGUGGACAGGCUGAUGGAGCGCGCCGACCACGUGAUAGUGGUGGACAAUUUCUUAUCCCCCUCGUUCCCUGCCCAUUCCAUCUCAGGCGGGGCUGGCUGUGUGGGCAGCCACCUGGUGGACCGGCUGAUGGAGCGCGGCGACCACGUGAUAGUGGUGGACAAUCUCUUUUCCUCCUCUCUCCCCUGCCCCCUGUCACUAAUUUCCACCGCUCUCCACCCCACCAAACCCAUCUCACCCACACGCCAGGCGGAGCGGGAUUCGUGGGGUCGCACCUGGUGGACAGGCUGAUGGAGCGGGGCGACCAUGUGAUAGUGGUGGACAAUUUCUUAUCCCCCUCGUUCCCUGCCCAUUCCAUCUCAGGCGGGGCUGGCUUUGUGGGCAGCCACCUGGUGGACCGGCUGAUGGAGCGCGGCGACCACGUGAUCGUGGUGGACAACUUCUUCACGGGGCGCAAGGAGAACGUGCAGCACCACUUCGGCAACCCGCGCUUCGAGCUCAUCCGCCAUGACGUGGUGGAAGGGCUGCUGCUCGAGGUCGACCAGAUCUACCACCUUGCCUGCCCCGCCUCGCCUGUUCAUUAUAAGCACAACCCCAUUAAGACGAUCAAGACGAAUGUGGCGGGGACGAUGAAUAUGCUGGGGCUGGCGAAGCGAGUGGGGGCGAGGUUCCUGCUGACGAGCACCAGCGAGGUGUAUGGGGAUCCGCUGGAGCACCCACAGACAGAGGAGUACUGGGGCAAUGUGAAUCCCAUCGGGGUGCGCAGCUGCUACGACGAGGGCAAGCGCGUGGCGGAGACAUUGACAAUGGACUACCACCGCGGCGCGGGCGUGGAUGUGCGCAUUGCUCGCAUCUUCAACACGUACGGCCCGCGCAUGUGCAUUGAUGAUGGCCGCGUUGUCAGCAACUUUGUUGCACAGGCCCUGCGCAAGGAGGCGAUGACGGUGUAUGGCGAUGGGAAGCAGACGCGCUCCUUCCAGUACAUUGACGAUCUGGUGGAGGGGCUCAUGAGGCUCAUGGAUGGAGAGCACGUGGGGCCGUUUAACCUUGGGAACCCGGGAGAAUUCACGAUGCUGGAACUCGCUGAGGUGAGCGCAUGGUUCCCCUCAAGCAGAGGGGCUCAUGCGAGUCAACGCUCUAUCUAUGUGAGUCGACGCCUCAUGGAGGAGGAGCAUUUGGGGCCCUUUAACCUCGAAACUCCUGGGGAAUUCACCAUGCGUGAGUUGGCCGAGGUAGUGCGUGAGGUGAUAGACAAGACGGCAGGCAUUGCCGUUCAGGAGAUUUCAGCCGUGGUGCGGGAGGUGAUAGACAAGUCAGCCAGCAUAGCUUUUCAGGAGAACACGGCGGACGAUCCGCACAAGCGCAAGCCCGACAUCACACGAGCCAAGGAGCUGCUGGGGUGGGAGCCCAAGGUGGCUCUGCGCCAGGGCCUGCCCCUCAUGGUCGAGGAUUUCCGGCGCCGGCUGUUUGGAGAUGUGAAGGAGAGCCGGCAGAGCAUUGCUGCUCAGGAGGAGGCGAAAUGA